UGUCAAGUUGGUGGUGAUUCAUGUUUUUCAGGCAAAAUGCAACUCUGGUACGAGAAAAACACAUGAUCACUCAGGUGCACAUCUGGUUUUUGGCACGUCAAGCAGCAUCGGAGAGAUGGGACGCCGGGAGCACUGGUCCAACUGCAGCUGCAGCAUGAUAAGCUCACCUCUGGAUCCUUAUCUGCGUCUUUCUGCACAACAAACCAUCGGGCAGAGGCGGAUCAAUCGCAUCGCGAGCGAUGGUGGGAUCCACUGCUCCGCCGCCGCAGAUGGAGGAUGCUAGUAGGGUUCCGCCUCUCCCCGGCGGUGCGGAGGAGUACGUGCGCGACUCCAUCCACAGCUCCCUGGGCCUCCCCGUCUCCGACCGCUCCCUCCGCCUCAAGCUCCUCGCCUCCGAGGACCAGCGCCACCGCCUCCAGGACCACGUCUUCUCGCUCGAGGAGGACCUCCGCGCAGCCCACCGCCGCAUCGACCUCCUCAAGGCUGAGGCCGCCAUGAACGCCGCCGGCCUCCGCCGCUGCGUCGAGGACAAGGAGGCUAUGGCCGCCGCAUACGCCGAACUCAACGCCAAGUGCGCCAAGGAGUGCGAUCUCUACGAGCGAGACCUCGAGCGUGCUAUGGAGUCCUGCGACGACCUCGCCAGGGAGAACAACGACCUGCGCGCACGCCUCAACCAAAACGCAGAUUUGGCAGCAUUGACGGCUCGAGUGCAAGAACUAGAGAGGGAUAAGGAGGCUCUGAAAAUGAAUCUUGAUACAGCAGAGGCGGAGGUCAUCACGCUGAGUGAGGACAACAGGGUUCUCGACGAAGAGAACAAAAGGCUGCUGGGUUUGUUGGAGAAAGAGCGACAACGCCGGUCCGAGAGAAAGAAAUCUGCCAGCACAUCCACCAAGAAUAAGCGCAAGUCGUCUAGCUUGAGGGAUGGCAGCCCAGCUGGUCGGGCACUUGAUUUCGGUGGUGCAGAUUCAUCAAGGCAUCCUCUGUCGCCGCUGCCGCACAACUCCCCGGACUACAGGGCGCACAAGAAAUGAAUGCGAGAAACGGAGCGACCAUUCUGAGCAUUUCCGAAUUAACCCGCGCAACGCGAGUGUUGCAGUGUGCUGCUUGCUGAUGAUCUGAUUCUGAUCUGGUCCCACUAACUUGUGCUCGUUGUGGGUAGAACUAGAACCUAAGGCACGCAGCCUGAUUUUUUUUUUUUCGUUUCAUGUUUGGUUAGAUGUAAUGUCUUAGGCCAGGACAAAGUUAUCUAUCCUACUGGCUUCCAUUCCAUUGGCUAGAUGUUGCUGCUGUGUUGUGAUGGGUCUGAAGGAAAUGAAAAGGUCCCAUCCCAUGGGGUUGCUGA